AUGACCACAGCGUCCCAAGGUCAGAGUCUCGAUCAGCAGAUAGAGCUGCUGAAAUGCAGCGUCCCCAUAUGGCCGACACAACUUCGGCGGUAUACCGAAAUACCACUGUUGGAGCCUCGACAUUACGAUUAUAAUGUCGAGAAGAUGCAGAUCGACCCUGUUCGGCUCGGUGUUCAAGGGGAUUGGAACGAAUUUAUCCACCCGUCUGGAGCAACGUAUCACUACAAUGCAAAAAUGCGGUUGGAAUCUUGGAUCAACGCAUCAAGGAAUAAACUCGACGGGAAACAAUGGUUGCUUGUCGUUGAACCGAUCUCCGUGAGAGGAACGGAAAUCUACCCGUAUUAUUAUGUCGUCCCGGAAGAUCGCAUGAUCACAUGGAUAGAGCCAGUAGAUGGUUACCUUCUAUUCCAAGAGUGUACGACGGCGUGGCACUGGAACCACAAACGACUUGAGCUGGAGGCCCAGUAUUGGAAACAUGUCGAGUAUUUUCCACAUGGGAUUGAAAUUCGUCUUUCUGAAGUAAAAGCUUUGCGGGUUCGCUUGAACUGGUAUCGUCGAAACAUAGAAGCGUUGGCGAUAGAACAAUCAACGGCAGCUGCGCUAUUCUGGACUCUCGAUCAAAUGAAGGAGAUGACUGCUGAGCUGGCCACUACCGAGGAACUUGCCGGACCUGCCGGGAUCAUGGAGGAACCGAGUGUUGCAAUCUGUGUGACCGAAACAGAGGAACUUGCCGGACCUGCCGGGAUCAUGGAGGAACCGAGUGUUGCAAUCUGUGGCAAAAUAAUGCACAUGCUUCGUCACCAUGAAUACCUGAACCAUCAUGGUCGACCCGAAGCUCGCUUAAUGCGAACGCACUCACUGACAAAGAGACGCAACAACCUGGCGAAUUCCCCCUUCAUGACUAGCGCUGGCAUCGUGAUGCUUUGGACUCCAAUAGUGGUGCUCAAGCAGCUCAGAGAUAUUUAUGUUGAAGGUAUCGUAAACGGGAUCGACAUCAGGGGAUUUACGGACGACUUCAACGCCCAGUCCAAAGCUCAAACUACCGUGGCAAGCGUCAUCUUGGCAGUCAACGCCAGCAUCCUUGCGGUUCCGGGUUUGGGCUCACCAUCCGCUACAAAAACGCUGUGCUCUAUCUCAUUUAUCCUCAGUGUCUACUGCAUUGUUGCCUGCACGAUGGCACAGCACUUUGGCUACAGGCUGAGAUCCCUUGAUUUCGCGGCGUAUUACUUACAGGGGAAGAUGGCGAGUCUUGCGGUCCUUGCAAGCAUACCCAGUUUUCUGUAUCUCACAAGCUUGGCAUUUACUGUUCUCGGGUUUCUCGCAGGAAUCUUCACAGGUGAAUUCGGGCUAGCGUUAUCUGCAAGGAUCGUAUGCGGGCUGGCCCUUGUUGUUGGGACAGGUCUCACGAUUCCAUUGAUGAUGGCCAGUUUUGGUCCUGGGCCGAUUCGAUGA